CUGUCCCUCCUGCCUUGAAAGUCCCAUGUUUGAAGAGGUGUUUCAGAAAGUUUGGUCCUGGGACUGGCAUGCCUGGGGACCCAGAGACCCUCAAGAUGAGUGUCCACUACUGAACAUGCCAGAGCUGAGCAGCGCUUCGGUCUCAUUUUUGACACUCACAAAAUGCAUUUUUAGCAGAAAGUUUGGCCAGGGGCUACUCACCAAGAAAAGUCUAAUAAGCAGAGACCUGGAUGAAUUGAAAGCUAGGUUCCGGUUCUGCGGUGACCUGGACUGUCCUGACUGGGUCCUGGCGGAGAUCAGCACGCUGGCUAAGAUUUCCUCUGUGAAGCUGCGGCUGCUGUGCGGCCUGGUGCUGAAGGAACUGCUGGGGCAGGGCCUUGACUAUGAGAAGGUCCAGAAGCUCACCGCCGAUGCCAGGUUUGAGUCCAGCGAUGUGAAGGCUGCUGUGGCGGUCCUGAGCUUUAUACUUGCCAGUGCGGCCAAGCAUGGUGUGGACGGCGAAUCCCUGUCCAGCGAGCUGCAGCAGCUGGGGCUACCCCGAGAGCACGCCGCCAGCCUGUGCCGCUGUUACGAGGAGAAGCGGGGCCCCCUGCAGGAACACCUUCGGACUUGCAGCCUGCGUGUGAGCCCGCUGGCAGGCGUGGGCUGGAGAGUGGACUACACUCUGAGCUCCAGCCUGCUGCCGACCGUGGAGGAGCCCAUGGUGCACCUGCGGCUGGAGACAGCAGCUGCCCCAGGCGCCCCGGCCCAGCCUGUUGCCAUGUCCCUCUCAGCAGACAAGUUCCAGGUCCUCCUGGCAGAGCUGAAACAGGCUCAGACCCUGAUGGGCUCCCUGGGCUGAGGAGGGGCUGUGUGGAGCCACCCUGCUGAUGCUGUGUUGCUGCCCUCUGAAUGUCUCUGCUGCGCUCCAGGACCCGGGCUCCCGCUUGAGACGUCAUUGUGGGGUCCGAGGCCUUUCCCAGCUUGGUGUUCUCUCCACAGACAGCAUUGUUGAUGGUGACAGCAUUGUUCUCUCCACAGACAGCAUUGUUGAUGGUGUUUGUGAGCAGGACAAAUAAACUCUUUAAGGAGUG